AUGAAGGCCGGACGGGUAGAGACAGGGACCGACGAGCCAGGGAUGGGCAUAAGGCUGCUGGCGGCGUUGGCUGCACUGACAAAUGGAGAGGAGAGGCGGUCGACGGGACCGCUUUGGCCUCCGAUUCGUCGGCUGGGUGGGCCGUCGCUGAGCGAGGAGGCGACGUCGAAGAGGUCGACUGAGAUUGAGUCGCCGUCGAUGUACGAGGUGGAGCUGAAGGCGGCGGCCGGGCCGGGGUGGCUGUUGGGUUGGUCGCCGCCGGGAAAGGAACGUGAGAGGAAGGUGGAAGUCGGCGGCGGCGCUCUAUUUCCGUUCGAGCCAUUGCGUCUCCUUUCCUUCGAUGAAACCCUACUCACCUUCCAUGUGCCAACGAGUGGGCUUGGGUGUGUUUGGUUGGACCGAAGCUUGGAGUGGGUCGGGCUCGUGAUGGGCCAAGAUGGUUGGGUCGCAAUUAUUUAUGGGUCAGAGCUAAAGAGCGGGCUUGUUUUGGUGAGUUGGAGUUCGCCGGGUCUGAUCCGACGGAGCAGGCAGAGGAAGAAGUAA